UCAUGGAGAGGCCCUGCCUAUAUGCUAACCAUAGAGAGGGCUCCGCCGGGAGGAUCGACAAAGAGAGAUAUAUUUCGAUAUAUUUUGUCUCAACUGUGGCUCCCCCACUCCGUGUUCUUUGUUAUUCUCUUCUAUAAGAAGUGGCCACAGUUGAAACAUAAAAAUAUAUCCCUCUUUGUCGGUCCUCCUUGCGGUCGCAGGGCCUCUCCAUGAGUAUAAGCUCUAUGAUGUAAAAAGAUGAUGUCCAUCAGUUUUUAUAAUCGACAGUGACUCUAUAAAUGCUCUUAUCAUAGGAUGUUUACACCUGGAAACGUUCGCGAACGUGAAAGAAACGUAAUGAUCGUCGAGAGGUAUAAAAUGUCAAAUUGCUUGAUGACUUCGGCGAUGAACAGAUCGAGGCCGAUUAGAUAAACACGCGGUAGUCGACAACACAACGACGCUAAUUAAACAUUGUUGUCAUAAUCGCGUGGUGGACUUAAAUUUCUGGCCUCCGCUUUUUAACGUUGGAUGUUAUACUUGGCUUUCUAACAUAUAUGCUCGAUUAUAUAAAUAAAUUAUGAUCGUGGACAGUGAAGACAAGUCGAAUGAGGCGAUUGCGCCGUAUAUCACGUCAGCGGAGCCGGCUGAGAAUGUCGCCGAUGAGAGUCUCGAUGGGAUCCCGGUGACUCCAGAAAUGGUGCUACGAUUGCCUUCUAUUACAGAUAAAUAUCUCUGCUCUCCAGAAGCUAAUGUCUACGACAUAGAUUUUACAAGGUUUCAAAUUAGAGACUUAGAAACUGGUGCUAUCUUAUUUGAAAUAACAAAGCCUCCUGCAAGUGAAUGUGAUGCUCAUCAAGACCUGGAACCAGACUGUGAAGAGCUUGGAUCUGAAGAUGCAAAUACAGGACGAUUUGUGCGUUAUCAAUUCACUCCUCAGUUUCUCAAACUGAAAACUGUUGGAGCAACAGUCGAGUUUCUAGUUGGGCCUAAACCAAUCAAUAACUUUCGCAUGAUAGAGCGACAUUUUUUCCGGGACAGACUGCUGAAGACUUUUGAUUUUCAAUUUGGCUUUUGCAUACCUAACAGCAAGAACACAUGCGAACACAUUUACGAGUUUCCAACGCUGCCUGCUGAUUUAGUUUCCGAAAUGAUUGCCAAUCCGUUUGAAACGCGAUCCGACUCGUUUUAUUUCGUGGACAAUCAGCUUGUGAUGCACAACAAGGCUGACUACGCAUACAAUGGUGGACACACGCGCGACGUAUUGUAAUGUGCAAUUUGUUGAUUAGUACUAUUGCAAGUGAUAUAUAGAAUUAUAACGCCACACAGUUACAUGUUACAAUGGGAACGGAGCUUUAGCAUUUGAUAUUUCAUCUUUUUGGCACAAAAGAGAAUGAGCUUAGAAACUUUGCAAGUUACUGUUAUCAAAGCCUUUAAAACACGCAAAUAUUAGUGUGAAAAUUUAUGCUUUUUUUCUGAGAGAUUUUUUUGAUUUGUUGACAAGGUGAGAAGAGUUCCUAUUUUUCUCAAACAAAUAAUUAUUUAAGUUACAAAUUAUUAUCGAAAUCAAGUUGUACUAAUUUUGUGAUAUUUUCUUUAGGAAUUUCAUUCUUAUGUGAUAUAUUUGCUCUCACACAGUGACUCUUAUUAACUAUAUAAUAGGUGCAUUAAG